AUGCCCAACGUACCCUGGCACUCCGGAGGCACUGUGACCCUAGUUCAUCUUAGGCUGUGGCCACCGACACUCGACCUCGAUCCCUCACUCAAACAUCGACUCCUUAUCACCUUCAAGGAGCAGCGACAGAGAAGAUUACCCAAAACUCCACUUUUUUGGCGAAGAAAGAUGCCCCGUCGUAAAAAGGAGGUGGGCGAGGGCGUGGGUGGGCGUGGGCGUGAGAAGCCAGUGCAGAGGAAUGCAGCCAACGCCAGGGAGAGAGCGAGGAUGAGGAUUCUAUCAAGAGCCUUCUCACGCCUGAAGACAACCCUCCCCUGGGUUCCUGCGGACACCAAGCUCUCCAAACUCGACACACUGCGCCUCGCCACCUCGUACAUCGCCCACCUCAGAGCGCUGUUGCAGGACGAGGAACCAAGGACGCAGGCGCAUCCACUCUCGCUCACAUGGCCAUUCAGUUUCCAGCGCACACCGGAGACAGCAAAUGGCGGAGGAGAGGUGGAGGAGGAGGAGGAGGAGAGGACGGGAGAUCACUGCGAAAACUACGGACAGUAUGAUACAACGGGGAGCGGUAUGCAGGCGCACUCGCAUCCUCACGCUAUGGAGAGCAGAUACUUCAGCGACGAGAUCCCGGACUACGACUACUACUCCUCGGAGCUGCUGCACAUCGCCUGAAAGACUUCAGGACGAUAUGGAGUCCCCCCCCCCCCCCCCUGCAGCCAAGCCGGCAAGGGAAUUCUAGUUUUCGAGUGACUGGUGAAGCGACUGACAGCGGCUGAAAGUGGUUCUGAAAAGUCGUUGAAGAUUGGCUGGAAAAAGUGUCUGAAAGCGGCUGAAAGUGGCUUUCACCGUUGCUGAAAUUGAUUUUGAAGGAUGUCAGAAGGUUGCUGUGUUUGAAAGACGUGACUGAAAGCAACUAGAAGUAACUUAAAACUUUCCGAAAACUAAACAUGAGUGGGAGAGUGCUUGGGAAUGACCGAUAAAAUGACUGAAAAUGUGAUCGUAAAAAGUGCCUUAAAGCGAACGAAAAUGUGACUGAAAGUGACCGAAAAUGUGUCUGAAAGUGACCAUGAAAGUGCCUGAAAGUGACCGAAAAAGUGACAGAAAGUGUCUGAAAACACGCGGUCUCAUUAUCUAGUCUUCGCUCAACCUUUCGAAUUGUAUUUUUUUGUAUAUUGAACUCCUUUGCUUUGUAUUAUAAAGAGUAAAUAGGGAAUGGAGGGGAAGAGAAGGGAAGGGAAGGGAAGGGCAGAUUUCUUCAAAAAUAAUUAUAAGAAAAUAGAGAAUAUUAAUUAUGAUCAUGAUCAAUUUACCGACAAUAAAAAACCGGUCUCCAAAACAUUAAAAAAAUCAAAUUAAGAAAACCCCCAAAAUGAACCUCUUUUGAAACAGUGAAACAGUGAAAGGUAGUGACAGUGACAGUGACAGUGACAGUACAAUACAUCACUGUCCGUAAGUUUAUCGUGAUUAUUUUAAUAAUAGUUUUCAUUAUUAUUAUGUUUGUUAUUGCUGACA